CCUGACAUGGAGCAUUCAGACGGGAUUACAAUCACGGCCGAUCCCAGCAGCAGUUGCCUCUGCUGACGAGUGGAUGCUGCGUUUAUUCCCCAAACCUGGCCAACGCUCCGCUUUCUGCUGCGAGUAAAUCCGCGCGAACACCUGCCAGUGACACCGUCGCAGCAGCUUCUCAUUUGGGAUCUUUCCUUCCGUGUUAUCGCACCUAUUUUGUCCGCCUGUGUGGGGGAUACCCGGCUGCUGACGGGCUGCGGGACACAAUGAGGAUUGGCCUCGGUGUCAUCCCGCAGCCCUGCCCGCUCGGGGCUUUAUGGCCUCAGUACGUUAGCUAGCUGACAGAUUCCUUUAUGACCAGUAAGCCUUGGAUUGUUUCGGCAUGUUAAAAGGAUUUCAUGAACAUGACAGGCAUGAGGUUUAUCUUGGCUUGACUGGAACAAUGCGAAAGGAAGUGCGGCGGCGGAUCGAGCAGGAGAAAGCUCCACAGGGCGUCUGCUGGUGUCCGCCAGCUCCAACACAAGUUACUGUCGGGUACUACCGCAUGCGUUUAGAAUAACCAGGCUGGAGAUUACUAGCCUGAAUGGGGAUGAACCCACACUCCGUGCUGCCACUCGGAGCUUUUGUAAAAAAAAAAAAAACGGAGACAUGACAUGCACAAGAAAAAAGAGGAAACGCAGCUGUGGGUUCUUUAACCCCUUUGUUUUUUGAAGGGAGUCCGCAACAGGCUUCCGAAAAAAAGACCUUUUACGAAGAUUUGGACCGUUGACACAGUUGCUGCUGCCUUUCUUAUUUUACCACUUAUUUCCAGCUAUUCAUCUCUGUGUGAGAACAACCAGGUGGAUCGCUGUAGCCCACAUUUCAUGUGGACUGCAACAGCCUGUCAUAGUGUGGAGGACAAGCAGCCCACAGCAGGCCCCUAGAGAGGAUCAGGAGGGGAGACAACAUAAUACACCAACAAAGGGACUCUGCUCGAAAUGGGGCGAUGUGGAUUGAGGUGUUCCUCUUCUUUGUGAACUGCGGAAAGGAAGCAACCACGAGGACGAAGGAACGAGGAGCCGACGGAGGAGGCGGGGGAGUGGUGGCUUUAGUGUUUAAAGAAACGCUGGUAUGGGUGGGGGGGCAUUCGGGAUGGCUAAUGGAAACGAGAGCAGUGAAGGGCCUGCUGGGCCCAUGGCAGCAGUAGUAGCUAGCGCAGAAGGAAUGGUAGCAGAGAGUCCUUCCUCAGCUGUCUCUACCUAUAUCAAACUGGUGCUACUAGGGCUGAUCAUCUGCAUCAGCCUGGUGGGCAACCUGGUGGUGUCUCUGCUCGUACUGCGGGACCGGGCCCUGCAUAAGGCACCUUACUACUUCCUGCUGGACCUGUGCCUAGCAGACACCAUUCGCUCAGCCAUCUGCUUCCCCUUCGUGCUGGUGUCUAUAAAGAACGGCUCGACCUGGACCUACAGCGUGCUAAGCUGCAAGGUAGUGGCCUUCAUGGCAGUCCUCUUCUGCUUCCAUGCCGCCUUUAUGCUGUUUUGCAUCAGUGUAACCCGCUACAUGGCCAUUGCACACCACCGCUUCUACUCAAAGCGAAUGACAUUCUGGACAUGUGUGGCAGUGGUGUGCAUGGUGUGGACACUGUCUGUGGCAAUGGCUUUCCCGCCAGUUUUUGACGUGGGCACCUACAAAUUUAUUCGUGAUGAGGACCAGUGCAUCUUUGAGCAUCGCUACUUCAAGGCUAAUGAUACGCUAGGCUUCAUGCUAAUGCUGGCUGUGCUCAUUCUAGCCACACAUGUUGUCUACAUGAAGUUACUUCUCUUUGAGUACAAGCACCGUAAGAUGAAGCCUGUCCAGAUGGUGCCGGCCAUCAGUCAGAACUGGACCUUCCACGGGCCUGGGGCUACUGGCCAAGCGGCAGCCAACUGGAUUGCGGGCUUUGGCAGGGGCCCGAUGCCGCCAACUCUGCUGGGAAUCCGGCAGAACUUGCACAACCAGAACCGGCGCCUAUUGGGCAUGGAGGAGUUCAAAGCGGAGAAACAGCUUGGCAGGAUGUUCUACGUGAUCACCCUGCUAUUCUUGGUGCUCUGGUCUCCCUACAUAGUGGCUUGCUAUUGGAGGGUGUUUGUCAAGGCUUGCACAAUACCACACAGGUACCUUUCCACCACCGUGUGGAUGAGUUUCGCCCAAGCCGGGGUCAACCCUAUUGUCUGUUUCUUCCUUAACAAAGACUUGAAGAAAGGGCUCCUUUCCCACCUACCAGCCUGCUGCAGGACUAAACCUCAUCUGCCACGAGAGCCUUAUUGUGUCAUGUAAGCAGAGAUGAUGAUCUAAACAUGGAGAAAUAACAAGGGACAGGCAACAGCUGUUUUGGGGGGAGUGUUUGCUUGAGCUAUUGUGGCGUUUGAUUAAAUGCAAGCUACUUGUAAGUAGUGAGUGUAAUGGUUAAAACACUGGAAUGGUAAGCAUGUAUUUCCAUCUACCAACCCCUUUUCACUUAAAACAACAGCAUACAUGGAGUCAGACCUUGACUUUUGAUAACAAGAGAAAAAUUACUUUAAUAGCAAAACAUGCAGGUGAUAAUGCAGUCAUUGGGGAAACCAAGCCAGACAAAACAGCCACAUACAAAUUACAUAAGUGCUUCAAUGAGAAUAUAUAAAUUGCUAAUUAUAAAAAAAUCUUGGAUUGACACAAAAGAUAUUUGAGUUAGUUUUGGUGACAAAAAGAUUCCUGAGGACAAAGAAGCAACUUUUCUAGACUAAAUCUAAAUCUCACUAACAUGUCUGAUUGGGAUGUCACGAGUACAAAUACUUUGGUACCAAGUCAAUAACAAAAUUCUGAACACCCGACUGUACUUUCUACAGUACCACAUGUACCGAGAUGAAAUUCUUCCGGACCUGACCCAGGCAGCAUAUACGCUACAAGUGUUCUUGUCUGCCGUUAAAUGCCAAAGAAGAACAAUGCCAACCAAUACGGAAGAACGGUGAAUAGCCCCUCAUCUCGGUACACACUCUGAUCGCUUGACUGCAUGAAUGUAUUAUAAGACCUGGAUACAUUGUCAAGGCAGGGCCCCUUACAUUCCUAUUGGAGUUGCACAGUGAUGAUAAAGCCAUCAUGGAGCCAAAACCGCAUAUAACCACACUGCUUCCACACAGGCGCAUUAGAGACCCCUGCUGGCCGAGCCGGCUACUUUCUGUUUAGCGCUCCGCUAACUUGAAUGGGUAUUAAAUGAUUUAAUCAUGCUUCUCCUCUACACUUUCCAAAUGUUAUCGGACCGAAUGGAUCAAAUUCUUAAAGUGAAAGGAGUCAUUUCGAAGGGGCUGUGACCCUCGAAAUGUUCUACCCACUGAUUUACAGACGUCUCUUACGCCAUAUAAGUCUAUGGGGGAAAAGGUGUUUUUGGGCCAACGGGCAUUACAUGACGGGCCAGGAGUUGUAAUUCCACUGUUCUACAUCUACUGCGAUGGCUUUCACGAGUUCACCUGGAACUCCCACACUGCGAGUAAGUCUGUUUCUCUCUGCCGUUGUUUUUCACAUAGACGAUAGCAGACAUUAGCUAACGUUAGCGCUUGUUCCAGCAGACCUCUGCCAGACAUAACGUCAGUUAAGUUAACUUUAACUGGCCCGGUCCAGUUGG